GCAUGUUUGUUUAUACCACCUACAUCUAAUGCAGGCUAGAUUAAAACGAAACACAUGUUUACAUUCAAAUUUCUCUCUAUGUGUGUGAUCUGCCAUGUGAGUAAGCAAUUGGUGAACUCAUUUGCCCAGAGGAACAUGGGAGCUUUUUAGCAUCUCAGAAAUCAAUAUUGUGAGAUCAAUGGGUCUCUGCUGAAGUGCUUUUCCCUCGUGAAAUCUGUGUCACACAUACACUGGGACACAAAAGAACUGCAAAAAAAGGACCACAAAGACCUUAUAUGUCAAGCUCUGCUGCUGGAAAGAAGACUUAAAAAUAGCAUUCGAAGAGAACACAGAUUCUAAGGAUAGACUGCAAAAUGACCAACUUCACAGAUGAAGAUCUAGACAACUAUUUGCAAAAUCAGGUGGAUCUCAGACAUCGGCAGGUUUCAAAGUCUGUAGAAACUGUGCAGAAAAUCAUCAAAGAUCUUACGGCUGCGGUCAGCUCAAAGGAUGCUCGUUUCCAGUCCAUUGCAAACUCUGGAGUUCAUAAUGCCAGCCUCAAAGACCAGACAGCUUUAGUUUCAAAAUGGUCUGCAUUACUCCGGGGAAGAUGUGCAUACAACCCCGCCAUCCAAGUGCUCACUCCAACUCUGUACCUGAUCUCAGUGCCUCUACAGGGCCUGAUGGGUUAUAAGGUGAGGCGAACACGUCAGUGGCGUUACUACUCGCUGAGCGGGUCUCGUCUCCUCUCACCGGUCCGUGAGCCAGAGAAGCUCUACCAGUGGCUGGAGCUGGAGAGUUUCGUCAACCCGAGUCAGGAGUGGCAGGAUGCUUGCAUGACCAUUGAGGGUGAUAUUGUGCCAGCCAAGGUGGUGAACAUCUUCAAAGAGCAUCUAGAGACAUCCAUAAAGACCUGUGGACUAACAAGUAAGGUGAGUAUGCUGGAAUCAGUUGGAUCAGUGGUACGUGUUGCUGUGGAAACGUCAGAGGCUCAAAUUGAGGUGGAACUGGUUCCUACAGUGGAGCUGAUGAACUACUGGCCAAAGAGGGCUCGGUGGCCCCGGUUCUUUCAGAGAUGGCCCUCCACGGAGCGUGCGCGAUGUAUUAAGUCGUUUGGAUUCAAUCUAAUGGCCACAUCAAACUACCACUGGCUGCUGUCAUUCUCACGGGCAGAGCAGGUGCUGUUGAGUAAUAUAGAUGAGGACGGCGGUUGCCGCAGGAAGUGUUAUCGGGUGGUCAGACAGCUCAAGGAGGACGUCUGGUGCCCUGGAAGCAAACCCGUCAUCACUGCCUACCAUCUACAGACACUGCUUUUCUGGACAUGUGAGAAGUACCCCUGCACCAGGGACUGGAGAGACUUCAUGGGAUGUGUAUUACGGCUGGUGCAAAAGCUACACAAGUGUGUAAGCCAGCAUUAUCUCCGGCAUUACUUUGUACGAUCCCACAACCUUCUGAAAUAUAGCAAUACUAAUGAGCUUGAUGAGGUGGCAAAGAAGAUCAAUAAUUUCCUGGACAGCCCAGGAACAUACGUUCAUUAGAACUUCCUCUGUGGGUUAGAUGGCAUAGAUCUAUGUUAGCUGUGCUCUGGUUUGACUGCAUCAUAUUGAUGAGAUGAUCAUGGUAAUAGGCUGUGAUUAUUGUAAGUAUGUAUGUAUUUCCUCCUUUUGUCUGUCUUAUCCUGAAAUUUUCACCAGAAUUAUGAUGUCAGCUUUUUUACAGUAGGCCAACAUUGUGAAUGAACGAGAGACACUGAAUUAAAUAAUUGAAUUAAAUAUUUUUCUCAUCAGCAAUU